AUGUCUACAACAAAAUGGUGGAAAUCAGCGGUCGGGUAUCAAAUUUGGCCUGCUUCAUUCAAGGACUCCAACGGUGAUGGAUUCGGGGACAUUCCCGGUAUCAUCAGUAAACUUGACUAUGUCAAGUCGCUGGGCGUUGAUUUCAUCUGGUUGUCUCCCACUUAUGACUCUCCCCAGCAUGACUGGGGCUAUGACAUCAGCAACUAUGAAGACAUCUGGCCGAAGUAUGGCACGCUGAAGGACAUGGAUGCCUUGAUCGGAGGGUGCCAUUCUCGCGGCAUGAAACUGCUCCUCGACCUGGUGCUGAACCACACGAGUGACGAACACGCCUGGUUUGAGGAGAGCAAGCAAUCUCGUGACAAUGAGAAAGCAGAUUGGUAUAUUUGGAGAGAUCCCAAAUUCGUCGGUGGUGUUCGCCGUGCUCCCAACAAUUGGAAGUCCAACUUUGGUGGCUCUGCUUGGACAUACGUGCCGGAACGGGAUCAAUACUACUUCCACCUCUGUCUUUCCGAACAACCAGAUCUUAAUUGGGAAAACCCAGCUACGCGAGAAGCCAUCUAUGAGUCUGCUAUACGUUUCUGGCUACGCAGGGGCAUCGAUGGGUUUCGGGACGAUGUUGUGAACCACUAUUCGAAGGAUCAAUCCUUUCCAGACGCACCAGUCACAGCUCCCAACGACGAAUUCCAGCUCAUGCUACCAGAGUCCUUUCUCAACGGCCCGCACAUGCAUGAAUGGCUGCAAGAGCAACGACGCAAAGCACUCGCGCCGUUUGGCGACGACAUUGUCGUCAUUGGCGAACUGCCCUUGACCCCAACAGAUGAAGUCCUGCGCUACACCUCGUCACACAACCGAGAACUAGACAUGGUCUUCGACUUUGAAUGGAUGCAGUCCGGCAUCGACCACAGCAAAGGAAUGGACGAAUGGAGCGCCCCGAAACUCUCCGAAGUGAAAGCCGGGUUCGCCAAAGCCCAGGGCUUCCUGAACGACAAGGCCCUCGACGCGUGGACCACGUCCUUCAUGGAGAACCACGACUGCCCGCGCACGGUGUCCAAAUACGGCGACGACACGACCCCGAAAUCGUGGGCCGCCAGCGCCAAGAUGCUCUCCAUGCUCCUGUGCACGCUUAGCGGCACGCUGUUCGUAUACCAAGGACAGGAGAUCGGCAUGACGAGCCUACCCGCCGACUUCGCUGUCGAAGACAUGCGCGACAAACCCAUCAUCACACGCCUGCGAGCCGAUCUCGCCAAACGGCCCAACGACCCCGAAUACCGGUCCUGCCUCAUGCGCGGCUUCUCGUACGUCGGCCGUGACCACAACCGCACACCCGUCCAGUGGGACGCCACGAGCCCCGGCGCGGGCUUCACCUCGGCCGCCGAGCCGUGGAUGAAGGUCAACGAGAGCUACAGGUCUAUCAAUGUCCAAAGCCAGCUCGGCGUGUCCGGCAGCGUGCUUGAGUUCUGGAAGCGGAUGAUCCAGCUGCGCAAGCAUGUCGACUGGAAGGAUCUAUUGAUCUUCGGCCAUUUCCAAUUGCUGGAUCCCGCCAGUGAGGAGACGUUCACUUUCGUGAAAAGUUUCGAGAAGCGCAGUGUCCUCGUUGCUCUGAAUUUCUCGGGCGAUGUGCAGCGGGUUUUCGUGCCGGAUGGGCUCGAUCUGAGCGCGUCCGAGGUCUUGGUGUCGAAUUAUGAGGAUGCGCCCGUGGGCGAUCUGCAGACGUUAAGGGCUUGGGAAGGUAGGGUAUAUAUCAUUUCAUAG